AUGACUAUCAUAAAAAAUCGCUGUUGUUUAUUUUUAAAUCAUUUAAACAAAAAGAGUACAUGCAUUCUUAUAAAUAAUAAUAAUAAACAUGGGAUCUUAAAUCAUCCAAAAAAAUUUAUUAGGACAUCUAAAUUAAGCUUAAAUGUUUUAAAAAGAAUAAAAUCAGAAAAAAAUAUAAAUAUUAAAGAAUUGAAUAAAUAUUUAACAGAUGAUAAUAAAAUGAACUUGGACAUUUUUAAAAAAUUAAUAUAUAAAGCUAAAAAUAAUAAUGAAAAUGAACAAGAGAGUGUUGAAAAUUUAUUAUUAAUAUUAGUUUUAUUUAAUAAAUAUUAUCCAUAUUUUGAAGAUAAUUUCUAUUCGAAUUUAUGCUUGGAUAUUAAUAAGAAUCUUUUAAAUUCUAUAAAAUUUAAAAUACAUUAUCUAUAUACAAGUAAAAUGUUAAUUCAUACAAUGAAUAUAUUAACAAACUUAAAUUUAGUUGAUAAUGUUUUAUUAGAAGGAUAUAUGAAUAAAUGUUUUUAUUUUAUAAAAAAUGAUGAAUAUAACAUAGAAGAUUUAAUUCAUUAUCUGUCCAUUCUUAAUAAAAUAAGUAUAAUUCAAAAAAAUAUGUAUUGCAAAAAAUUACAAUCGUUUAAUUGGUCGUUGAUUAAAAUUAUAUGUGACAAAUUGACAUAUAAUUUUGAUCAUCUAUUUAUGUUAUCUGAUAAAAAUAAUCAUUUUUCUUUUUUUAUAAAAAAAAAUAUUAAUGAACAAAUUAAAAACCUUUCAAAUGAUAUUAAUAAUAAAGUUAAUAGAACAUAUCAUAAGAUAAAUUAUAAUGAAAAGAAAAGUUCUAUUAUACAAAAUAAAACAAAUGUCCAUAACAUUUUGGAUACUCCUUUGAUUAGUCAAAAAUCAUAUAAUAUAAUUCAAAAAAAUCAAAACAAAAUAAAUCAGGAAUAUAAUAUUAUAUGUAAUCAUAAUCUAUAUAUUAAUAAUCUCAAUAGAGGUCAACAUCAUAUGAAAUUAAAUAAUAUUCAGCACCAACAGAAUAAUAAUAAUUGUAAUAAUGAUAUGAAAAAUUAUGACCAUAAUAAUAAUUCCUUGUAUUCUAAUACACUUACAAUUGUUGAAAAAAAAUUGUUCAUCUUAGAUACACUAUUAAGUAUUUCAAGAAGCUUAAAAGAUUUAAAUUAUGUCCAUUUAAAAUUAACAAAUGAAAUUGUAAAUAAAUUGAAAAAUGAAUUUCUUAAUAUAUCAGAUGAAGAUAUAACUCUUUAUAUAGAUAAUAAUUUAGUAAAUAAAAUAUUUUAUAUUAUGCAAUGCUUAUUAUAUUUAAAACUAGAUUAUCAUAUGUUUUAUAAAAGUGUUCUCAAUAUGUUUAUGAACUAUUUGCCAUUUUCAAACAAUUUAAUAAUGCUUUUUUUCCUGCUAGCGAAAAAUAAAUUAUUUCCAUCUAAAACGAUACAUAUAUUUGAUUCAGUUUUUUCAAAAAAUAUAAAACAAAAGGUUUAUGAUACAAAUAGUUUAAUUAUUUUAUUAGAAUCAUAUUCUAUGCAUAAAUAUAGACAAAGUGAUCUCAUAGGUGAUAUAUUAUCAUAUUUUAUGUAUUCAAAUAUAGAGCAUAAUAUUUAUGAUAAAAAUAUAGAUAAUGAAACACCAAAGAUAUCAUAUAAUAAUUCGAAUAUUCUUUUAAAUAAAAUAAAUACAUUUGAUCAUAAUUUAGAAAUGAGUUUAUAUACUCCAGAUGAUAAUAUUGUUAUAAAAAAUAAAAACAAUUUUUAUGAUGAAAAAGUAACUAAAGGAGCAAAUAAAAAUGAUCCAACUUCUUUCAUUUUCUCUUCAUCUCAUAAUAUAAUAAAGAAUAAUGAAAUGGAUAAUCUUAAUGUACAUGAUGAUAAUCAAAAUAUUAAAUUAAUAAAUAAUAAUAAUAAUAAUAAUAAUACUUUAUAUAACAAUUUAUAUAAUAAUCAAUUAUGUCAAGAAAAGUUAAAAAAUAUUGAUAAUAAAAUGAAUAAUUAUUUUACCUCUAUAAAUAUUUCUGAUAAAGUAAAAAUCUUUUAUAGUUUAUUCAAAUUAGAUAUAUAUGAUGAAGGAAUAAUAUAUCACAUAAAUAAUAUUUUAAAUAAUGAAAGAAUACAUGAAAUAAAUUUUAAAUUAUUAAUAAAAUUGUUAUUAGGUUUAUGCUAUUUUUCUUUUGAAAAGGUUGAUAUUUACAAUUUAAUAAUUACCAAUUUGAUAAAAUAUGAUAUAAUUCUGGAUAAUGUUUAUUUAACUCAACUCAAAAUAUGUGAACUCGCCAUAAGAACACAACAUGUGCCUAAUGUACACAACCAUUUAAACAAAGAAUCUAUUGAAUAUUUAAAUUGUAUAAAAAAUAAACAAAAAACUAUUGAAUAUCAUGUUAAAUCAGAUUUACAAAAAAAUGUUAAAAAUAUUUUAUUAACGUUUAAUAUAACAACAUUAGAAGAAGUAACCAUAGGCCCAUAUAAUGUUGAUUUUGUAGAAGAGGAUGAAUCAUUUUUUAAAAUACCAAAGAAUUAUAUACUUCAUCAAAAUAAACAUCUAAUGAAUCAUAAACAUUAUACAAAUGACAAUAAUAAUAAUUCAAUAAAUUCUCAAACAUAUGUAAAACAAAAUGAUGUAAAUAAUGUAACUAAUAAAUUUGAAAAUAAACAUAAAAAAUUAAUAAUUGAGGUAAAUGGAGAACAUCAUUUUUAUAAAAAUACAAAAUCAUAUAUAUCCUUAUCCAAAUUUAAACAUAAAUUGUUAAGUGAUUUAGGAUAUGUUGUUAUUAAUAUACCUUAUUUUGACUGGGCUAUUUUAAAUACAGAUUUUGAUAAAAAAGCAUAUGUUAAAAAAUUAAUCUCUGACCAUUGUGAUAUACAAAUAAGAAACAUCAUAAAUUUAAAUCAAAAAAAUGAACACAUUAACAAAAAGGAAUUCGAUCAAAUUUCUAAAACUAUUCAACAGAGCAAAGAAAAAACAGAUUUAUUAACUAAUAUAGAAAAAUUACGAAAAAAGAAUAAAAUUAAAUUUUUAAAGAAAAAAAUUAAGCAUAUAUAA